AUGGCAAAAGACACAUAUCUCCGAAAGAUCUUGGGAUCUGAGAGACUUGAUCGCGUGAAAUCAUCUAAAGUUGUCAUGGUGGGAGCCGGGGGUAUUGGUUGUGAGUUGCUUAAAGACUUGCUCCUAUCAAGCUUUGGAGAAAUCCAUAUCGUUGACUUGGAUACAAUCACAUUAUCUAACUUAAACCGCCAAUUUCUUUUCCGUCAGAAGGAUAUAAACAAACUGAAGUCUCUUACUAUAGCACAAGCGGUGCAGAAUUUCAACUUCUUCGGGUCCAAAUUGGUGCCGCAUCACGGCAAUGUGAUGGAUACGAGCCUUUUUCCACUUUCCUGGUGGUCCCAGUUUGAUUACGUUUACAAUGCGCUAGAUAACUUAGAGGCACGGAGAUACGUGAACAAGAUUGCCCUAUUCCUUCGCAAACCGUUGAUGGAGUCGGGUACUACCGGUUUCGAGGGCCAGAUUCAGCCGAUCUACCCCUACAGCACCGAAUGCUUCGAAUGUCAGCCAAAGGCCACACCGCAAACUUUUCCCGUUUGUACAAUUAGAUCAACUCCAUCGAAACCAGUUCACUGCAUUGUUUGGGCCAAGGAGUUUUUGUUCACUCAACUUUUCGACGCUACGCUGGAGAAUGAAGUGAGCCAGGCAGAAUUGAGGCAAGAGACGGAUGACCAAGAGGAAAUUGAUAGAAUUAUGCUGCAAGCUAAUGAGCUCUCCUCUUUGAAGAAAUUGGUUUCAGAUGAAGACUUCCCUGCGAAGCUUAUUGCCAAAAUCUACAAAGAUGACGUCGAGAAAUCCCUCAGAUUGGAAAGUCUUUGGAAAAAUAGAGAUCCACCGGUACCUCUUGAGUUUGGUAAGCUGUAUGAAGGUGAUUUAAAACAACUUUUGAAUGAUUCGGAUAACUUGAAGCUUUUGUCGGACGACACGAAGACUUGGUCAGUAUUAGAGAAUAUCUAUGUUCUCUUCAAGGCAACUGAGGCCCUCCAAAAGAGAAUCAUGUCAGGAGAGCAAAGCAUAAUCACUUUUGACAAAGAUGACGAAGAUACACUCAAUUUCGUUACUGCAGCAGCAAAUUUAAGGUCAUUCGUCUUCCACAUACCUUUGAAAAGUAAAUUUGAUAUUAAGCAGAUAGCGGGCAAUAUUAUACCUGCGAUUGCAACUACUAAUGCAAUAAUCAGCGGCUUUUCGAAUUUGGGGUCAUUGCUGUACUUCAAUCCAAACUUUUCUCCUAGUGAUGCUAAAAGUGUUUUUAUCUCGAUCAAACCUAACAAAAGAGUGACUUCUGCCUUGGUAGAAGGACCAAAUCCAAGAUGUGCGAGUUCCGGAAUAACAAAGGCUAUUUUGCGGCUUACUAGAGAUGACUUCAGUAUGACCCUCCAAGAGCUUGUGAGAAAAGUUAAGGCUAAAUACGGUUACAGUGGUGACAUUUCAGUCAUCCUUGGACAAUCAAAGUUGAUCUACGACUUUGAUUUUGAUGACAACGCUGAUAAGCAGCUUCAUGACAUCAAGGGGCUUGUUACAGAUGAAGUUCUUUUAUUUCAGGAUGAGGAAGAAGAACUCGAGAACCUCGAGCUUUAUAUCCAAGAGGUGAAGCAAAAUGAAGGUAUUCCACUUCCUGAUAUCCAACUUAGGGCAAAGGUCAAGUAUGAGGAGCCUGAUUCCUCAAGUGAUGAAGAAAUGGAAACGACAACUAUUGUUUUGGACGACGAGCCUCCAUCGAAGAAGAGAAGAACUAAUGGGGCUGUCGAGGACAUCCUGAUCAUUCUUUAG